UAAUAUAAUAACCAAAUGGCUCUAAAAUUUCACUACAAUAUAAACAUGUAUUUUCUUUCUCAUCUCUUAGCACUAUCAAUUGCUUGGUUCUUAGCCGUUUUUAUUGCUCGCAAAUACAAAAGUAGAAACAUAACAAGUGCAGCACCUAAAGCUCCAGGUGCGUGGCCUUUUAUAGGUCACCUUCAUCUUCUUAGCGGCCACCUUCCUGUUUGUCGAACCCUAGGACUCAUGGCUGAUAAAUAUGGACCUAUUUUUCAAUUGCAACUUGGUGAUCAUCCAGCUAUUGUUGUCAGUAAUUGGGAAAUGGUUAAAGAUUGCUUCACAGCUAAGAAUGACAAAAUAUUUGCUAGUAGACCAAAUAUGGCAAUAAGCAAGUAUUUAGGCUAUAAUGGAGCCAUUUUCGCUUUAGCCCCUUACGGACCAUACUGGCGUAAUAUACGUAAAAUGGUAACUCUUGAACUCUUAACCAACAGUCGCCUUGAGAAGCUAAAACAUGUCCGUACAUCAGAAGUGAAUAGUUGUAUUAAAGAAUUGUACUCAAAUAACUGUCCAGGACAAGUGAAUUUAAGUAGUUGGUUUGAGAACAUAACAUGCAAUAUAAUCAUUAGAAUGCUUGCUGGGAAGCGAUUUACUGGAUCCGCAGAGGAGAUGAAUUUCAAAGAAUCUAUAAAGAAAGCGUUGUACUUAGGUGGAACUUUCGUUUUUUCUGAUUCAAUUCCAUGGUUUGAAUGGAUGGAUAUUGGUGGACAUAUUAAGGCAAUGAAAGAUACUUAUAAAGAAGUUGAUAGUGUUUUUGAUAGCUGGUUAAAACAACAUAUCAAUUCAAUUGGAGAUGGAGAGCAGUCUGAUUUUAUUGAUAUCAUGCUUUCCACUCUUCCAGAGGAAACCAAUAUGGAGUCUGGAUACAAUCGUGAUGCCAUUAUCAAGGCAACAACUUUGAUACUUAUCAUGACAGCAUCAGAGAGCACUGCAGAGACAUUAAUAUGGGCAUUAUCUUUGCUACUAAAUAACACCCACUCAUUGAAAUUAGCACAGGAUGAGCUAGAUGAGCAUAUAGGAAGAAAUAAAUGGGUUGAAGAGUCUGACAUCAAAAACCUUCCCUAUUUGCAAGCUAUAGUAAAAGAAACCUUACGUCUCUACCCACCUGGUCCUUUGGCAGGGCCUCGAGAGGCUCUCGAAGACUGUUAUGUCGAUAAGUAUCAUAUUAAAAAAGGCACUCGAUUGAUUGUUAAUCUAUGGAAGCUUCAGAGAGACUCGAGAAUCUGGAAAGAUCCGAAUGAGUUUAAACCAGAGAGAUGGUUUUUAAAAGAACAUACAAAUAUUAAUUUUAGAGGACAAAAUUUUGAGUAUAUUCCAUUUAGCUCUGGAAGAAGAAUGUGUCCUGGAUUAACGUUUGGAUCCCAAGUAGUGCAUCUGACGCUAGCAAAAUUGCUUCAUGGAUUCAACGUUUCAAUGCUAAAGGAGGAACCAGUAGAUUUAAGUGAGGGCUUAGGUAUUGCUUUACCUAAAGUCAAGCCUCUUCAACCACUUCUUUCUCCUAGAUUGGCUGUCGAACUCUACCAAAGUCUUUAAACAAGUAAACAAAAAGUAUGCAGCUCGAAUGUGAUAAAUUCUUAGCACUUUUAAAUAAGUAGUACUUACAUUGUGUGUUUACUAUUUUCAUUCUAAAAGGAUUAUGAAGUUUAUCACCAAAAUAUCACAUUUUGGGAUAAGUCAAUGUUUUCUUGUAUUUGUUGGUACAACUUUAAUGUUUAUAAAUUAUGAAGAAAGUAUUUUUAGUAAUUAUGAUUAAA